GCAAAAUGAAAAUUUGUUUAUUUUCAAGUAAACCAUACUGGGUUAAAUGGUUUGGUGAAGUUAAUAAUUAUUACCAAAUCGAAUUUUUUACUCAAUCAUUAAAUAUUAAUACUGUUAAAGAAACAAAAGGAGCUCAAGCCGUUUGUUGUUUUGUUAAUGAUGACUUAAAUAAAGACGUUAUAGAGAAAUUAUCCGAGAAUGGUGUUAAAGUUAUUUUAAUGAGAUGUGCUGGAUUUAAUAAAGUCGAUUUAGAAGCCGCAAAUAAGUGUGGUAUUUCAGUAUUAAGAGUACCAACCUAUUCACCAAAUGCAGUUUCAGAAUAUGCAUUAUCAUUAAUGUUGACAUUAAACAGAAAGACUCAUAAAGCAUAUCAUCGUGUUAAAGAAGGUAAUUUCGAAAUUAAUGGAUUAGAAGGCUUCAAUAUGAGCAAUAGAGUAUUUGGUAUUAUAGGUACUGGUAAUAUUGGUUAUCAAUUAAUUCGUGUUUUACGUUUAGGCUUUAAUGCAAAAGUAUUAGCAUACGAUAUCUUUGAAAACAAAGACUGUAUUGAUAUUGGUGUCGAAUACGUCAAGACUCUCGAUGAAAUUUGGGCACAAUCAGAUAUCAUCAGUCUCCACACUCCAUUAACACCAAAAACAAAAUAUAUGGUUUGCGAAGAAACCCUCUCAAAAAUGAAAGAUGGUGUUAUGAUUAUUAAUGUCUCUAGAGGUGCUCUUGUUAAUACUAAAGAUGCUAUCAAUGGAUUAAAAACUGGUAAAAUUGGCUAUCUCGGUAUGGAUGUCUAUGAACACGAAGAGGACUAUUUCUUCCAAGAUCACUCUGAUCAAAUCAUUAAAGAUGAUGAUCUUCAACUCUUAGUAUCUUUCCCAAAUGUUAUCAUUUCAUCUCAUCAAGCUUGGUACACCAAAGAAGCCAUCUCUUCAAUUUGCAAAACAACUGUCCAAAAUCUUUUUGAUUACGAAAAAGGUGAAGUUAAAAAAUCCAAUUUGGUUAAUAAUCCACAAUAAAAAUAAAAAUAUAAAAUAAAUCUUUAUAUAUAAAAUAUUUU